UAAAGAAACGUGGUUCCAUGUUUGUUUAACUUUUAGCACUGCCUCCCGCUCCAUGAGAUACUACGCUGACGGUGCACUUUUAGGUACGUUACAGACACCUGGCAGUGCUAUUCCAUCUGGCCACAGCUUCACAUUGGGAAACCAUGCUACCUAUCUCCAUUCCAGUUAUGCAUUUGGUGGAGAGAUGUUCCAACUCAACAUCUACGCAAAGGAACUGUCUGGAGAAGAAAUCAAAAGAAUGGCUGACGCUGGUAUGUGUUCUACUAAAGAAGAUGAGAAUGAGGACGUGCGUGUUCUGAAAUGGGAGGACAUAGUAAAGAAGACUAGAACAGGAACCGUUACAGAAUUUAUCCCUGAUCAAUGUGUUGAAGAAGUUGAGCGUAGGAUGGACUUAUUGGCAGAAUGUCAGCAGUCUUUGGAGGAAUCCGAGCAGACAUUAAAGGAAACAGUGAAGAAAAAAGAGAUCAUUGAACAGACCCUGAACCAGACACAAACAAAGCUAAACUCUACGGAACUACAGCUGGAAAAUGUAUCUACAAACUUGAACAGAAUAGCUGACAAUCUUCAAACGACCCUGAAACAGUUGAAAAAAUGCAACCAGACCAGUCAAAGUUGGGAUUGGGAUCUUUUCUCCCUGGACAUCUACGUGAACACGACGAUCUCUUCAGAAGUUGCUGAGCAGCUUCGUUCUAGCUGGGACAACAUAGCUGAGAUGAUGAUCGGGUUCACGAUAACCGACCAGUUCAUCACGUUUCUAAAGCACAUUGACACUGAUGAAUGUUCAGAGGAAAGACCGUGGACAAUGCUACAUACCAAGCGGUACCUGAACAAGGUGUUCACAAGAGAAGAUGCUAACUCACUCAUCACCAUGUGGGACGAAAUUAGCGGGAGUCUUGUCGGUGUUAAGAUGACGAGGGAAACGGUGAAACUCUUGAAGUACAUCACCAAAAAUUGCACUGACUAAGCUUGACAUGCACUACUAACCAAGUCAAGGACUUGACUUCACAAUAAGAAGGACGAUUAUUUCUUUUAGGCAUGAACAAUUUGACAUUCACAAUUUUCCAUACUUAAAAUUUUCAUAUUUAAAAUGGCUAUUCAUCAGUCAAUUACUUCCAUCGGUGCAAGCUUCUAUUCACUCAAUAUUCACGGCUUACACAUGUUCUACUAUUGAAGAGUCGAUUUGAUUAAU